AUGGUCUACAUUGGGAUCCCCAAGAAUUAUACGACUUCGCCGUCCUCGUUUGCCGGGACGCCGUCGUUGACCAUCAAUCAUGAAGCAACUGUAGACCUCGACUCCACCAAUGCAUUUGAAGGACCAGAGAAGUUGCUCGAGGUCUGGUUUGGCCCCUCUCCUCAGGAUCUACUGGGGUCCACCGAGCCUGCUGGGCUCAAGGCCGUUCCCGUAGAGGUAUGGAAGGACAUGCUGGAUCUUGUCAAUUGCAAGGUGCUGUCGAUCGUCGAGUCCGAGGAUGUCGACGCCUAUCUUCUGUCUGAAUCCAGCAUGUUUGUCUGGCCCCACAAGUUGAUCCUCAAGACUUGUGGUACCACGACUCUGCUCUCGGGACUGCCCCGGAUCCUGGAGAUUGCCGCUCUGUUCGCCGGCUUUCCCAAAUCGACGGCGCCCCCGUCCCGCGGUAUCUCCGUUGCGGCUGCUCCGUACCGUGUCUUCUACAGCCGGAAGAACUUCCUGUUUCCCGACCGCCAGCGCGGCCCCCACCGCAGCUGGAGGGAUGAGGUCAAGGCUUUGGACAAGCUCUUCGCGAACGGCAGCGCUUACAUGAUUGGCAAGAUGAACGGCGAACACUGGUAUCUCUACCUGACGGAGCCGUACACCACCCUGACGCCUCCGUCGAGCCCCAAGCCGGAGACUGAGACCAAGGUUCUGAAUCUUCCUCAGGAGAAGAGGCGUGGUUCUGGACAUUGCGAAGAGAAUGACGAGACACUCGAGAUUCUGAUGACGGACCUGGACGAGGAGAAUGCGAAGCAGUUCUACCUCGACCAUGCGAGUGCGGUCGCAGAAAUCCGUCGUCGGAAGCUCGAGCAGGACAAGGACGAGCCAGUUGACGUAUUCAGCAACACGUCUUCGGACAUGAGUGACCCUGACUCGGAUGGCGAGCACACUCUGCCGCCCGAGCUCACCACCGAAGGGCACGCGUUAGGGACUGUCGUGACGGAGUCGUGCGGUCUUGCGGAUGUGUACCCGGUCAGCAAGUACCCGGACUCGCGCAUUGACGCAUAUCUCUUCACCCCCUGCGGGUUCUCUGCGAACGGCGUCAUCCCGGCCCCCGACGGUCAAUCUAGCACUCAUUACUUCACCGUCCAUGUGACACCGGAGCCUCAUUGUUCGUAUGCUUCCUUUGAGACGAAUGUGCCACACCAGCAAGACGGACGGGAGACGGCGGACAUUGUCAAGCAUGUUGUGGACAUCUUCAAGCCGGGCCGUUUCACUGUGACUCUGUUCGAGGCGAAGCCAGCUGUGGAGCAGGCCGACGAAGGUCAGAGCUCCAAGCUGGUGGACCGCCAGGCUGCCCUUCGGGCUGCCAAGAUGGAGCAGAUUCCGGGGUAUCGUCGCGUGGACCGCAUCGUCCAUGACCUGGAUGGGUAUGACCUGGUGUUCCGCUACUACGAGCGCAACGACUGGAAGGGCGGUGCUCCGCGGAUUGGAGAGCACGGAUGUUGA